CAAAAACCCUUCUCCUCCUUUCCCCUCUCUUCCUCCAAAACAAACAUAGAUUCCCCUCUUGUAAAAAAAAAAAAAAAAAAAACUCCUUCGAAAUUAUAACAUUAAUCCUAUGUCGACAAAUCCUACCACCUCACUCCCACCGGGGUUUCGAUUCCACCCUACCGACGAGGAGCUCAUUUUACACUACCUAAGGAACAGGGCGGCAUCAACACCCUGCCCGGUCUCCAUCAUCGCAGAAGUCGAUAUCUACAAGUUCGAUCCAUGGGACCUUCCGGCUCAAGCGAUGUUCGGAGACAAAGAGUGGUACUUCUUCAGCCCGAGGGACCGGAAGUACCCUAACGGAGUCCGGCCAAACCGGGCGGCGGCUUCCGGGUAUUGGAAGGCAACCGGAACCGAUAAGCCGAUCCAUGCGGGGAAUGAGAACAUCGGAGUGAAGAAGGCCUUGGUGUUUUACAAAGGGAGGCCGCCAAAGGGACUCAAGACCAAUUGGAUCAUGCAUGAGUACAGGCUGGCUGAGGCCGGGAACACUAACAGCUAUAAGCCUUUGAAGCUCAGGGAUCAUUCUAUGAGGCUUGAUGACUGGGUUCUCUGCAGAAUCUAUAAAAAGUGCAACAAUCUCUCAUCAGUCCCUCCCUUAAUGGAUCAAGAACAAGAAGACUCAGGCACUGAGGACCCCUACAUAUCAACAAUAAACAACAUGGCACAGGAACAAAACAUUCUCAAGCUCCCAAAAUCAGCAUCAAUCUCCGAUCUCCUCGAAGAUUACCCUGCACUCUCUCAUUUAUUCGAUACCCAGCCCGAGUUGCCGGACUUCAAUUCCCUGCUCGCAUAUCCCACAUCGAACCAAAUGUUCCUCAAUGGCAGCAACAGCGCCAACGGCGAUGGGAGUAAUUAUUUAAUCCCACAUCAGUCAGAGGAUCAGAAUAGUUCUUCGAAGCGCCAGAGGACCGCUGAGGGUUACUCGAAUCAGUUUGAUCUUACUCAGUACAGCUUCUUGAACCCGCAAUUGCUGCUGAAUCCACAGUUUGGAUUGCACUGAGGGUUUAACCAUUGAUGAUAUCAAGAAGAUGAAGAGAGCCUCAAAGAAAGAGUGCAACUUGUUUGACUUUUUUAAAAAAGCUCUUUUUGUACAGAUAGAAAGUUUGUGGGGUUUGUAAUCAAUUGGUGGUGUCCGAAUUAAGAACACCAAGAUAGAUAGGAAUUCAAAGGGGGUUGGUUGUAGACAUUAAUUAUUAUGCUUGUUUGAGAUAUACAUGCAAGACAUUUUCAAAUUAUCUGAUCUAGUUUAAUGAAAAAAAUAAAAAAAAGUUGGGCUUGAUAUUGAA